AUGACUGAAAUAUCCAGCGACACACACUGCAAGAGUAAAUUUUUCGGCUCCGACACGGACUCGGCAAUUACCGACUUGACCACUAUAUACAGCCGUGCCACGCUCGACACCACCGACGCGGACUCGCUCGCAGGGACAGUCCCCAGACAAGUCCCCCAGUGUGUCUGUGCACAGCACAAAGCGGCCAAUGCCACCGGCACAGACAAUCUUGGCGGGAAACUCAGGUCUGUCAAGGACGGCGUCGUCAAGUGUUCGAAACGUCUGCGCAGACUCAACCCGCAGAUGUACCACGACUAUAUACGGCUUGCACAGGGGGAUGAGGACACGGCGGCACACAAGUCCAUCUACAGCUACUACAAUGCGUACGACGAGCGGCGGACCGCGAGCAAGGCGCGGCCCGCGGCGCCCACUGCCCGCCGCGGGCCAGCGGUGGUGGACGCCGCCGCCGUCAGGAGCUACUGGCUCGACGAAACACCGCUCACGGACCUCGAGUUCGAGGACUCCACGGACGAGGAGUGA